GAUACAAGAGGUUUCGCUGAUUCUUCUUCAACUACCCCACCAAUUUACAGCUCCAAUCAUUUUCCUAUAAAACUCUCUCAACAUUGUUCUUAGGCCUUCAUUCCAAUUGCAAUUGCAUAUUUGCAUGUGUCACUUCCAAGUGAGAGGGACUCGGUUGAAGGACAAUAACUUGAUCAAGUCGGUGUUCUUCUUUUGCUUCUCAAGAGUUCUUGUUGGCUUAUGCUUGUUUUGUUCAAGUUCCAUAGUGUGUUGAUAAAGGAGAAUGAAGAGUUUUGCAGCAAAGGUUGAGGAAGGAAUAGAAGGUACAAAUGGCAAACCAACCGUUGGUCCAGUAUAUAGAAACCUCCUCUCCAAAAAUGAUUUUCCUCCACCGGAUCCUGAAUUAAAUAGCGCUUGGGAUAUUUUCAGUGUGUCUGUUAAAAAAUAUCCUCAAAACCGUAUGCUGGGAUGGCGUGAAUUUGUUGAUGGAAAGUUUGGACCAUAUGUCUGGAAGACAUAUAAGGAAGUCUAUGAUGAAGUUCUGCAUAUUGGUUCAGCUUUAAGAGCAUGUGGUGCUGAACCUGGCUCUCGAAUUGGAGUUUAUGGAUCAAACUGCCCUCAGUGGAUUGUGGCAAUGGAGGCUUGUUGCGCGCACAGCCUGGUUUGUGUACCUCUCUAUGACACCCUUGGGGCUGGUGCUGUAAAUUUUAUCGUCGAUCACGCAGAAGUAGAUUUUGUGUUUGUCCAGGAUAAGAAGGUUAUGCAACUUUUGAAUCCUGAUUGCAAAUCUGUUCAACGACUGAAAGCGAUGGUGUGCUUCACUUCAAUAACAAAUGAAGAGAAAGAUAAGGCUAACAGCAUUGGAAUUAAGCUAUAUUCAUGGAAAGAGUUCUUGUACACGGGACAAGAAAAACCAUCAACCAUUUCACCACCUCAGGCUUAUAAUAUCUGCACAAUAAUGUAUACAAGUGGAACCACUGGAACCCCAAAGGGUGUUGUUUUGACGCAUGAAAACAUAACUUCUUUUGUAAGGGGAAUGGAUCUUUUCAUGGAACAAUUUGAAGAAAAGAUGACUGUAGAGGAUGUGUAUUUAUCCUUCCUCCCAUUGGCUCAUAUCCUUGAUCGCACAAUUGAGGAGUACUUUUUCCAUAAAGGUGCAUCUGUUGGCUACUACCAUGGGGAUACAACUGCAUUGAGGGAUGAUUUGAUGGAAUUGAAGCCAACAUUGUUUGCUGGGGUCCCUCGGGUCUUUGAAAAGAUCUAUGAAGGUAUCAAGAAAGCAGUGGAAGAACUCAAUCCAUUGAGGAGAACAGUUUUUGGCUUGCUCUACAAAUAUAAACUUGGUUGGAUGAACAAAGGAUAUAAACAGUGUAAUUCAUCACCGUUAGCAGAUCUAUUAGCCUUCAGAAAGGUAAAAGCUCGGCUAGGUGGGCGUAUUAGACUUAUAAUAACUGGAGGUGCACCCUUGAGCUCUGAGGUAGAAGAAUUUUUGCGUGUUACUUCUUGUGCCUUUGUAUGUCAAGGCUAUGGCUUGACUGAAACUUGUGGCUCCACAACUCUUGCCUUUCCUGAUGAAAUGUGCAUGUUGGGUACUGUUGGUCCUGUAUCUGUAUACAAUGAAUUGCAGCUCGAGGAGGUUCCAGAGAUGGGCUACAAUCCUCUUGGAAGUCCUCCAAGUGGUGAGAUAUGUCUGAGAGGGAAAAGUGUGUUCACUGGAUACUACAAAGACCCUGAGUUAACAAGGGAAGCCAUAAGAGAUGGAUGGUUUCACACAGGGGACAUUGGAGAAAUGCAACCUAAUGGUGUUGUUAAGAUUAUUGAUAGGAAGAAGAAUCUUAUAAAACUUUCUCAAGGAGAGUAUGUCGCUCUUGAACAUUUGGAAAAUGUAUAUGGAAUCACUCCAAUAGUAGAAGAUAUAUGGGUUUAUGGAAAUAGCUUCAAAUCAUCACUAGUUGCAGUGGUAGUUCCAAAUGAAGAAAUCACCAAGAAGUGGGCUUAUUCAAAUGGUCACAUGGCUUCUUUCACUCAACUAUGUUCUCUUGAUCAAUUGAAGAAACAAGUGCUAUUUGAACUCAAGCUGACCGCAGAGAGAAAUAAGCUGAAGGGAUUUGAACAUAUCAAAGGGGUGAUACUAGAGCCACAUCCAUUAGACAUGGAAAGAGAUUUGGUGACUGCAACAAUGAAGAAGAGAAGAAAUAAUAUGCUCAAAUAUUAUAAGGUUGAAAUAGAUGAAGUAUACCGAAGUUUGGGUGAAGAUAAAUAUAAGCUUUAAGGCUUCACCAGGGAUGAGGCAGUGCAAUAAAAUAACUAUUUUGUACCAAUUGUUCCCAACCCCAAACUCCCACCUAUCACGUAUGUAAUGUUGUUCUUGUUGCCAGUUUAUGAUGUAAUGUGUGUGUAUUAUCAAUUAUGCCAAUAACAAUAAGCAACGCAGAUUCAUUGGAAAUAUAAAAGGAAAUUCAUCUCUCA